AUGUCUGAAUGCUUGAGUAUAAACACAAACUGUUACCGAUACCAAGCUCUCUCCGCACAUGGCAGGCCAGUAAAUCCCAGAGACCAGGAAAGGAGGCCAGGAAUACAACUUUUUUGGAAGGUAAAGCCAUCAGAACUCUCCGCUGCAAGAAAAGGUAUUAGUUUUUGCAACACUGGGAACCAUGAGGUUUCUGAGAAGACAGUGAAGAGAGCAAAAAGAUGA